CCUUCAUCAAUAGCAAGUGUUUCCACAUCGAUGCCAGCUUGUUAAGGAGGUAGCGCCAAUUCACUUCGCCCUCAUCGUCGCAGCCAUGUCACUGAAAGCGGCUUCAUCAGGCACCGUGGCGGCGGCGCGCCAGGCGCUGCGUGCGCCGAGCACCGUCGCGCGAACGUUCGUCCAACGCAGAUUCGCUUCCGGCGGAGGUGGAUACAACCCACCGACUGGUCGGCUCUUCAACGAAAAGCCCCUACCACCAGGUCAGAAGAGGGAGAAGGAAGGUUGGGAAUCACUUUGGACCUAUGGAAUGUGGGGUUCGAUCGUUUUCGGAACCGUCCUUUAUAUGUACAAGCCAGACACGAGCAUCCAAUCAUGGGCAUUACCGGAGGCGACUAAGCGCCUGGAACAGAGCGGCAAGGCGUGGCAGUACAAGCCAAGCGUAAACUCUGGGUACCCCGAGAGCGAGUGAAUACUUCUCUGCAGAAGACUUUGGAGCAUGGGGAGACAGGAAGGCGAUCAAGGACCAGUGUCUGUAUUUCCUGCCUCGGCGUACAUGGAUGACCUCCCCAGCUGCGA